GACAUUGGUUUUUAUUUCUUUUUCUCUUUCGCUCUCUUUCUCUCUCUCUUAUGGAAAAUAAAGUAGGAUCGACAGUGCCUUAUUUUUUUACAAGAGCAGAAUUAGCUCAGAUACAUCAAGAUGUGCUUGACAACAAACCCAAUGCAAAGAAAUUGAUUGUCGUAGAAAACAAAGUCUAUGAUAUUACUGAAUUUAUCGUUGAUCAUCCUGGUGGUGAACGUGUUAUCAAGACACAAGUUGGAAGGGAUGCUACAGAUGUCUUUAAAGAAAUGCAUCCUCCUUCUGCUUAUGAAUUGCUGGCCAAUCUUUAUGUUGGUGAUGUGGAGCCCAAGAUGAUGAAGAACAGCAAAGCAGCUGCAUUUGCUCAAGAGAUCCGUGACCUUCGUUUACGACUUGAAAAAGAAGGCUUAUUUGAGGCGAGUACAAGUUACUAUGUUUAUAAGGUGUUGUCCACGGUGCUUGUUUGUGUUGUAGGACUGGUCAUUCUUCAGCUUUGGGGUAAAACAUCGACACUUGCUGUUGUUAUCUCAGCUGUCAUUGUGGGUCUGUUUUGGCAGCAAUGCGGAUGGCUGGCUCAUGAUUUCGCUCAUUAUCAGGUUAUCAAAGACCCUCAUCUCAACAAUCUUUUCUUGCACCAAUGUGUCGGGGAGGAUCCUGAUAUUGACACUGCGCCUAUUCUUUUAUGGGAUGAAUUUGCAGCAGCCAAUUUUUAUGGCUCUUUGAGUAACUCUGGCUAUGAUAAAUUCCUUGCAGAGCAUGUCCUACCCUUUCAAACUCGAUACUAUUUUUUUAUCUUGGCAUUUGCACGUACCUCUUGGGCCUUUCAAUCCCUCAAAUAUUCUUUCAAAAAUGAGAGUCUGACCAAAUCCAAAGUAUUGUCUUGGUGUGAGCGUUUGUUUCUGAUGAUCCAUUGGGUCUUUUUCUCUUCUUGCGCCCUUGCUUGGAUAGACAGUUGGAGGAACGUAGCCCUGUUUUUUAUUAUCAGCCAAAUGACAGCGGGCUAUUUGCUUGCUUUGGUGUUUGCCAUGAACCAUAAUGGUAUGCCUAUUCUUUCUUCAGCACAAGCUUCAGCCACAGAGUUUUAUGAACUCCAGGUGAUUACGGGUCGAGAUGUGACUUCUACAGCGUUCGGCGAUUGGCUUAUGGGUGGACUUAACUAUCAAAUUGAACAUCAUGUGUUUCCUGAAAUGCCACGUCAUCAAUUGCCUCUUGUCAAACCUAUGGUUAAGCAACUGGCUCAAAAGUAUGAUAUUCGAUAUCAUGAUACUAGUUUUCUAGGUGGCACAUUUGAAGUCUUGAAAACAUUGGAUAUUAUUCAAAGACUUUCUUUAAGACUGAGUAAAAAAGUAUAUUAGUGCGGAAUUACUUUGAAAGGGAAUAUUAUUUUUAGCCGUUUUGUUUGUGUUGAAUGUUCCAGAGCGAUUGAGGCUCUC